CCGUGAUUGUCAUACAAACAUCAAAAUGAUAAAUCAUGUAUUUUACUCAGUCCUUGAAAAGAGAGAGAGUGAGAGCCUCUGGAGCGACGACACUCAGAUCGAAAGGCAGACUACGUACUUCUGUCGUAGCAUCGUCGCGGCUCGAAAGCAAGCGACAUUCGCCAUGCUCGAGAUUUGGAGUCUGGUCCGCCAUCGAGCCACGACCUCGCCUCGCACCGGUCGUCUGCUGAAUCCCAGCACACAGUGAGGCUUUCGGGUCUUAGAGCCUCCGAUGGGCGGAAGGCAACUAUUGUGUCUGAAAUCUGCUGGGAACAGUUCAAAUCUGUGCAGGAUUGAAGCGGUGGCCACAAGAGUCACAGCGGACUAGAAGAGCUAGCGGGGUAUGCAAAUCCUGAUCUAAUCCGCAACAUGUGUCCAACAGCAAGACCAACCAAAAGAUGAGCUCUCCCUCUCCCAGUUCGGUGGAAUGGUUCGUGCUUAGCUCAGAUAGAAGCUGAUGUGAUGAACGAGGAGGACAGCUGAGUGAUUGAGGUACGGACGCACGAGGUUCCUAACAGGCUCUGCAGAUCUGGCGUGUCUGUCAAUUAUAUAGAAUCAAAUCCAUAUAAUUCUAUAGAAACCAAGUUCAAGACGAAUGCUGUAACUGUUCAGAUUCCAAGCAUGCAGAAUCAUAGGUGAACUUAUCGAACCUAGAAACAUAAGCUAAAACUUAUUCGAUAGAGUUAGGGCAACUCUAAUAGAAAACUCAACGCUAAGUACCUCAAAUGCACAUCAAAGGAUGCUGAUAACGCUUCUCAGAAGUUCUUCCUUAAUAUAUACGUCAGAUUCUAGUUAUUGCACCUAACUUGAGAUCACACUGGGCUUCAUCUCAGCAUUCGGGCACCUCUUACUUUUCAUAUAUAAUCCACGGACCAGCUUCAUUACAGUUCAGAAGCCAUAUUCUAGUCUGCUAUUGUCCAGAACUGUGGCACAACAAUGCAGUCUUACUUGAAUCGUGUAUUUCAGCUCAAACCUGUAUUUUCAACUUCUGGUUCAAACUUUCAUCCACUGGUUUUAGAUUAAUCUGAGCUGUUUGCUUGAUCAUAAUGCAAGUUUUA